AUGGGUCUCGAGGUGGAGAACAUGAGCGACCUUCAGAAGCUUCGCACCACCUACACGCCAAAGCUCCCUCCAGUUCUCCAGUCUAACUCCGUCACAGUGGUAGGAGGGUUCGAGACCGCGACGCUCGAGCCGUCGGACCGCAUCGCGGUGCAACGCAAGUUCCCCCGGACAUACGGCUCCUCGCUGCUCUCCCUCGUCAAUGUCCCCGUUGACAAAUGCCCGGGUGCCAAGGCCCAUGCCAAGGCCUCGGGUCCCCUCAGGGUGGGAGUGCUGUUCUCGGGCCGUCAGUCGCCCGGCGGGCACAACAUCAUCUCGGGUCUCUUCGAUGCGCUCAAGGCGCACCACGCCGACAGCACUCUCCUCGGCUUCGUCGGCGGGUACAAGGGCGUGUUCGAGAAGAACACUCUCGAGAUCACUCCCGAGGUGCUAUCGCUCUACAAGAACCAAGGCGGGUAUGACCUGCUGGGGCGGUCCGUGGCGCAGAUGUCGUCGACGGAGCUGCAGGCGCAGGUGAAGGCCACGUGCACGGACCUCAAGCUCGACGGUCUCGUCCUCAUCGGCGGCACGGGCACGGCGACGACUGCGGCGUACCUCGCGGAGUACUUCGCGGCGGAGAACGCGCCCACUAAGGUGGUGGCGGUGCCGUGCACCAUCGACUGCGAUCUCAAGAACCAGUUCGUGGAGGUCAGCGUCGGCUUCGACUCCGCCUGCAAGGUGUACUCGCAGCUCAUCAGCAACAUCUGCACCGACGCGCUUUCCGCGGAGAAGUACUACUACUUCGUGCGACUCAUGGGUCGCAAGGCGUCGCACAUCGCGCUCGAGUCCGCUCUGCAGUCGCAGGCGAACAUGGUGAUUCUGGGAGAGCAGAUCGCGGCGUCGAAGAUGACGCUCUUCGACAUCACCAACAAGAUCUGCGACGCCGUCGUGCAGCGCUCCGUUGAAAAGGGCAAGCACCACGGCGUCAUUCUCUUCCCCGAGGGCCUCAUCGAGCACAUUCCCGAGGUCGCCGCGCUGAUUGAGGAGAUCAAUGAGCUCAUCAACAGCGGCGUGCCGUCCGAGUCCGUCGCGACGCGCCUGUCGCCGUGGUCGGCGGCGCUCUUCGCCUUCAUGCCGCCCUUCAUCCGCCACGAGUUCGCCGAGCACCGCGAGGUCGACGGCUACAUCCGCUUCUCCCAGAUCGAGACGGAGAAGCUGUUUGCGCAUCUGGUGGAGAAGGAGAUGGAGCGACGCACGAAGGCGGGGCAGUACAAGGGAAAGAAGUUCAACGCCAUUUCGUACUUCUUCGGCUACCAGGCGCGCGGCUCCCUGCCCUCCAACUUCGACUGCGACUAUGCCAACGCGCUGGGGCACACGGCGGUGCAUCUGGUGGCAGCAGGCGCGGGAGGGUACAUGGCGACGGUGAACGGACUCAAGCACGACGUGUCCCGCUGGACCCUCGGUGGCGUGCCCAUCACGGCCAUCAUGAGUUCGAAGCCAACAAUGAAGGGCGGCGCCACGGAGCCCGGAGUGAACGCCAACAAGGUCGACCUCAACAGCGCGCCUGUCCAGGCGCUCUACACCAACGCAGCCAGCUGGCUGCUGGACGACCUGUACCGGAACCCCGGCCCCAUCCAGUUUGAGGGGCCCAGCGCUGAGGCACGCCCCAUCACGCUGACCAUGGAGGACCACAGCUACGUGGAGCAGAUGCACACUCUGCACAAGUACCUCGACCAGGUGAGGGAGCUGGUGAAGCCAGGCUGUGCACCCGAGGCACUCAACACGGCGCUCUCCUCCCUGGCAUCGCUCACUCACGUGCUCACCAUCCUCACCGGCCCCGGCUCCUCCUUUGCUGCCCCCGACCCCGCCCCCUCGCCCCGCGUCUCCUAUGUGGCCGGCAUGUGGAAGUAG